AUGCGGAUAUCGAUCGCUCCGUCCGAGUUCCCGAGCCUGUCAAACAGAAACAACCCAGCGUCGCUGUGCGCCAAUUCGAGCCGCGCACGCUGCGGGCGAAAUCGCGGCAGUCGCCCGGGAGUCCGGCGCCGCAGCCGUGCACCCGUCCGUACCCAUCCACUCGUACUGGGAAGGUGCGCUCGACUGGAACACGCCUCGCCUCGCCUCGCCGUACGGCAACAUCGGAGAGUUCUUCAGUCGGCAGUCUCCCGGAAUACUGGAAAGUUUUCUGCUGUCAACUGGUGCGUAGGUAAGGUUUUCGAACCGGGCCUCAGGGAAGGUUUGAUGAACAAACGGCCAUGCUGCUGGUACUGUGGCACCCCAACGGCGGCAGGGGCGUCAGCCUCGGGCGCGUGCCAAGCAGCGGCGCCUGACGUCAGCAGUGCUGCUGCUGCUGCUGCUGCUGCUGACAGCGAGCACUUGUCGUUCAGCGCUCUUCUGAUGAACUGGAGUCGGGCUGUUGUUUGCAGAGGCUGUCAACGAGUUCUCGCCGAGCGAGUUGUUGACCUCUGCGAAGCGCCGUGCACAAGUUGGUGCGGGCUGCACGCCUGGAACCUCACUAGUGAGCCGGGUGCACCAGAAGUGGGAACUGGCCGAGAAAGACUCAAAGCGUCUGAGGGCGAGGGGGGAGUUUCUGGCACGGCAGAGUCUGUUGAUGCCGCUGCAACGGUGCUGGAAAAGUCGCCGGCGUUGGGGUCCGAGCUGCUCGAGCUCGGCGACGUCGCCGGAGCCGACCCCGCCGCCGACCGCCUCUUUGAGCACUUUGUGGUAACGCCAGAUAUGCACUCUGAGCCGUAUAGCUUCCUCGGGUUCACCGGAGCGCCGGAGGAUCCGUUUGCAUCGCAGGGACUGAUCACUUCCGCGUGUUUUCUGCUGCCCCGAGUGGACGCAUUUCCGCUCGUUACGGUACACAAAGUAAGCGGUGCGCUUGCCGAAAUGGAGCGCUUGCUCAGCUUUCUGGGGACUUCAUCGACGCAUUCAUCCGUCGUCAAAAACGAACACGAUCGGGGAACAAUGUCUGCCUCGAGUGCGGUGCUGGUGACGCCAAGUCGGUCGCAGACGCCGCUCGAGGAUAGCGACCCGUCGGAAGACGAGAACGACCUGGAGGCGCAGGAACCUGUGCAGCCCGCUGAGGUGUCAUCCUCUGUCUCGACGAGGGGUCAGGCUGGUGCGGAGGGGCGACCAUCGCCGGCGAUCUCCGUCCUGCUCGAUGAACAGAGCAGCAGCGCCUUUGGGGAUGAAGACGCAGCCGCCGGAGCACUGCUGCGCGCCUACGUUCGCGUCUACUUUGUGAUUCUGGACGUGGUCUACGCGCUCCAAAUGGAAUCCGAGGCGCUCGAGAAAGAGCUGAUCGAGACUGCGCUCGCGAUGUACAGGGUUUGCGUCGAGCGCAUCUCGCUACGAAACCGCAUUCCCGAGGCGUUUGCUGUGGCGUGCAUCCUCUUGGCAUGGGAACGGGUGGUUGUCCGCCAUACGCACCGGGUACCCGCGGGGCAAACAAGCCCCACAGACGGCUGCACGCCCUCGGGUAUCGAAUCGGAAUCUCUGCUCCAGUACCGAGGAUGGAAUCCAGUCUUCGUGCGACGUGUUGUUGAGGCGUCAACUCCAGUAUGGCCGCAAGCGAGUAUUGCACUGGUUUACGAUUACAUGCGACGGGUUCUGAAUACGCUGUUGGAGCGCCGACCAGAUACCGUGGAGGCGAUCAGUCACGAAAUGCCGAAAUACUGCGCGCUUCUUGGAGUCAGUGCAGCGGUUGCCGAUCUCGCGCACAGCAUUGCGGAGCAGGCAGUCAUCCACGGUGUGUGCGCUCGGCGUACAAGCGUCAGCGUUUGCGCUGCAGCCAUUUAUUUGGCGAAUCAUUUGGAAGACGCUCGACGCAUGCCCAGUGGUGCCUCGAACCGAACGCAGAGCAUGGACGGGAGCGCACAUGCUGCCGUCGUCCACGAUCCCGUCCGGUUAAAGCAGCGUGAUAUCGCCGAGAAGCUACAGCUGUCGGAAGUCACCCUGAGAAAGGCCCAUAAGGAGAUUCUGACACAUCUGGAUGUUGUGCUGCCAGCUGGCUACCGGCCAUCGGGGGUGCUCCGGCGAUGUCUGCCGCCCAGCUAUCAGCGCGUUGCCGCAAGCGCACUUCAGCGACUGGCAACGCAAGAAGCACUCGACACAAGUGGUCAGAAACUCGCGAAUACGGGCGACGGUAUCGCUCGCGGCCCAGGAGCGCCCACAGAUCCAGCAGCCACCACCGCCAACACCGGCGAGCACAGGACACACGUCCUGCCCAUGGACGCCAACGUCGCUGCUUCGCGUUCGUCGCCAGCGUCUCUGGAAGCAACGUUGGACACGUGUCGCGAGACGUCCAUCCAAGCCUCCCAGCAACCGGUGCACAUGGUGCAAGCAUCGAACGAGCACCAGUGCAGCGCUUUGGCAGUCACAGGGGCGCCCCCAGGUACACCGUCCACUACCGAGGAUUCGGCCGCCAGCGUACAAGCGCUGCCACGAGCACUCGGGCCGGCGGCGUUGUUACGCCAGUGCCGUAUCACAACGUUGCCCCAUACGCCUGGUGCCGCAAGCUUGCGAGCGCUUCUGUACCAGGUCGGCUUAUCAACGCCGCUCGUGGAUGCUAUUGUUGACGCCGCCCUGGCGCGAACGUUGCCUGUUCCGAUUGGGUUGCUGUUGAACCUCAUCGACAGCGGCUGGGUACCCGUCUGGGCACAGGCGUCUGCUGCGACCUGCAACCGGACACUCGAGGACGCCACACAAACCGCCAGCGAGCGUCAUGCCCGAGAAAGCUGUCUAGCACCGCCAGCACCGCCACCGCCACCGCCACCGCCACUACCGCGCUUGCCGAGUGCUCGCGCCAGACUCACCCCCAUCCGUGACCAGUCUGGCGCGCUAAACACGAAUCCAUGA